AUGACCUCGUGGGGCAUGGGAGGCGCCAGGACUGCCUUUCACCCCUCCAGCGCCUUUGAUCCUGUUGGCUUCCAUUGGAUCAUUGACCGUCUCAAUGGGGGCAUCUCAAGCGUCCUGGCAGAAGCCAGGAAUUAUCACUGCUGGGUGGAAUCUUGGAUGACCCGUCCAGACCUUCCUAGCGGCUAUGACGGCUGGCAAGCCUUGGACCCAACUCCACAGGAAAAGAGUGAAGGAGUCUACUGCUGCGGGCCAAUUCCAGUGAAAGCUGUCAAGGAUGGACAACUGGAUUUCAAGUACGAUGCGAAGUUUGUGUUUGCCGAGGUGAACGCCAGUGUUGCCUACCUGAUGCUCCAGAGCGACAUGUCCCGGAAGAAGACCCUGCACCCCAACCUGGUGGGCAAGAAGAUCAGCACCAAGAGUGUGGGGAAGGACACCAAAGAGGACAUCACGCACACCUACAAGCACCGCGAAGAUUCGGAGGAGGAGAAGCAUGAGAAGACCCAGACCCCGCAAGAGGAAGGUUUGUCCCUCAGGAUCAAGGCUUCUGAGGGGAUGAACAACGGGUGCGACUUCGACGUCUUUGUGGUCAUCAACAACAACACCCCUGAGGAGCGGCUCUGCCGGCUGAGGAUUUCGGCUGCGACGGCCAGCUACAAUGGGGAAUUGGGCCCCGAAUGCGGCUACAAGGACCUGUUGAAUGUCAACCUGCAGCCCAACGCAGGUAGCAUGAGAAGGAUCGUACUCUGGCUGGGGAUGGCACAGGAAUAA